AUGCGACAGCGAAAUGAGACUGCUGUGAGACAACGGACAGCGUUCAGCUCUCUGGAAGUGGCGCAGGGUCGUCCCUCAGACGAUGGGGAUUUUCGCGACAGCAAUCGCAAGUUGUUGGCGACCAAGAGCAACAAAAGCAAACGGCAGAGACAACGCAAACGAGACAAGCUCCUCAACUAUUGGCGUCACUUGCGCCUGGCCUUGGGAGAAUCCUGGCGAAAAGUGCAGCCGUUGCUACGAAUAGCGUGGAAACGAGUGUUGCGAAUGACGGCGAUUGAAAUCAUCGUGGUGGUGGUCUCCUUGAUCUUUUUGGGUUUUCCGCUUUUGCUCUUUGCGUUUUCCGAGCGAAAGGUGAUUCAAGAGCAUGCCAUUCACUAUGACAUUUACAAUUGUCCCGCCAAGCCUCCGCAAGGAUAUCCACGAGCUUACCCCAUCUUGGAUGUGUUGCAUCAUUGGGAAAUCGACAGUCUCUCCAUUCCCCAACGAAUCAACAAGGGACUUUGUGUCUUUGAUCUAGACUCGAGCGAGAACGGACUCGAUGACAUUUCCAUACGACAAAAAAUACAGCAGUACCGUCAAGAAGAGGCUCCGUUUGUCAUCCGGAACGAUCCUCAGGUACUCCAAGCCGCACAGCGAUGGGCACGGGACGACUAUUUGAACACAAAGUUGGCGGACAGCCUGUAUCCAGCGACAUUGGUGUCCAUUGUUGGAAAUGACACGAUUGCCAAUAGCACCGCCAUGAUGAGCUUUCCAGCGUGGUCCCAACAGGCCCACACGGAGGAAGCUCUGCAAUUUGUCUCGUUGCGAUUGCCGAAUACGGAAUUUCUUCAAGAAGAACUUUCCUUCUUUCGUCCACAACCACAAUUCGCGGAUCGGUAUCAUACAAAGAAAAAAACCAACGACAAGGACUUGCUCCUCUACGAUGUCACGGCAGCCGGUGGCAUUCAAUGCGAUUUUCAAUCCCCCGGAUUCCGCGUCGAGGAGACGCUGCAAAUGGCCGAUAGCAGCGGCAGUUACAUUGCCGUGCUGAGCGGUUCCAGUCGCUAUAUGUUGGUUCAUCCCAAGGAGUGCAAAACCAUCUAUUUGGAAUCGAAACGAGACGAAGAUGGGCACUACUCGUCGCGCAUCCACCUCAAUCGAUACUACAACAUGACGUCUCAUCAUCACCGAACACAGGCGUCAUCGUCCUUGCAUCAUCAUCAUCACCAUCACCCACAGUUCCAAGAAAAGGAAUUUCCAUUAUUUCACAAGACCACCAUGACCGAAGUCGUCUUGGAAAUGGGAGAUGUCUUGUAUUUGCCAACGCAUUGGUUUCGAUACAGCGUCACAGUCCAAGACAGCCCGAGCUAUCAGUGCAAAGUACACUCCGACAGUGUCGGGAAUCACAAGUAUCAUUCCAUGGUGCACGAUUGUCUCAAGAAAGUAAAAAAAGCCUGA